AUGGAUGACGCCGACCGCGCGGUCCUGAAAAAGCACACUCAGCGGUUUGUGGGUGAACUGCAGGUCGAUGAUCUCUUCAUUGCGCUGGCAUCCAAAGGUGUUUUCGACUUCAAGGCUCUGAAAGAAAUGAAGGCACUAGGAACACGAGAGGACCAGGUGAGGUCGCUGCUCCAGAUGCUGACCACGCGGGAAGGAGACACCCUCACCAAGUUCUCAGAGGCGCUCAUGGAGACAGAGCAGGGACACCUAGCGGAACUUCUGAGUACUGCAGAUGAGAGUAACGGAGACGAUAGUAACGGAGAUCAAGAGUCAUCGAAUGGACAGCAGCAGUCACAGGAUGAAGAUGAAAAAACAGAUAUCGGUGCCCCUACGAUCCGCACUUUCCUGGCCACAGCUGUGACUCCUGUCAGGACCUAUCAAGACUACAUCCUCCAACCGGGAGACGAGGUACUGGUCACCAGCCAGGAGGGGUCCCAGUGGACCAUCGUCCACGGAACUCACGCGGUCAAGGUCGACUCUGCCGCGCUCAGGGUCAAGUACGAAAUACACGACUUCAAGGUCAAGCCUCCUAGAACCAGCCCUCUGGUUCGCACUCUUGCCGCGCAGGUGGUCAAGCCACACCGGGCCAGCGGGCCGUACCAGCUCAGUUUAGCUGGAGGGGAGGAGGUCCGGGUGAUAGAACAGCUGCCUACAGGACAGUGGACGGUUGUGUGUGGAGAUCAGGUGGGGAGGGUGGACUCCGCCUGUCUGAAGGUCACGGACGAAGGGGAGGAGCUGUCCCUGCGAGAACAGAUGUACACGGGAGGGAACCCGGCGGUGACUGCGCUAAACAUCCAGGGCAGGGCUCUACACUCGCUCCCGGAGGAGCUCUUCACGCUAACUGAGCUCCAACAUCUGUACAUCUCCGACAACCUGCUGACAUCGCUACCGGAGGACCUGACGAGGCUAACGGAAGUGGUCCGGCUGGACCUCAACAGGAACAAACUACGGACCUUCCCUGAGGUUCUGCUGAAGAUGGCGCAGCUGAGGGACCUAAACCUGGGCGAGAACGACUUCACCAGUCUGCCUUCAGACAUCGGGAAGCUGAUAAAACUGAGGAAACUGUGGCUGAGGAGACUGAGCCUCACCACCCUGCCUAUUGCGGUUUGCUUCCUCCGGAACCUCCGGACGUUGAACCUGCACGGGAACAUUCUGACCAGCCUGGACGAUGCCAUUGUCAACUUAGGGGACCUGACGACGCUGGACGCCAGCAGUAACCAGUUCUCCCGCUUUCCUAAACAGAUCUGCGCCCUCACCACCCUGCAGCGCCUCUACAUGGGACAACUGCACGGCAACAAGUGCAAGGUCAUCCCAGAUGCCAUCGGCAACCUCACACAACUCACGGUCCUGGCCGUGGACAACAACGUCCUGACGUCACUUCCGGCCACCAUCGGGCAGUUGGAGAACCUGGAGACCCUGCACGCGCACAGGAACAAGCUGACGGCCAUCCCGGAGGAGAUUUCUAACCUGACGAAGCUUCAGAGCCUCUGGCUCUACGGGAACGCCAUCCGCAAGCUUCCCAAGACCAUGGACCGGCUGGUCAGUCUGCAGGACUUCCGGGUGGAGGGGAACCCCAUGCAGUACCCGCCCAUGUCCGUGUGUCAGAAGGGCUUCGGCGCCAUCAAGAAGUUCAUCACGGAGGACAGAGAACUGAAUGAGAUGGCCGGGUAGAGCAAGGACUGUACAAAGUACCGGUGCAAUAGCUCAAUUGGUAGAGUGCUCGCUUUGUAACCGGGAGGUCGUGAGUUCAAACCCCG